UGCUGCUCAUGAAUUUGAAGUUCAGAAUUGAUACAAAUUUUUAAUGGAGAUAAACUUGGGGAAGCUUCCAUUUGAUGUUGAUUUUCAUCCUUCGGAUCAGCUCAUUACUGCUGGGCUUAUCACUGGCGACCUUCUUCUUUACCGCUAUUCCACUGAUUCACCAGCACAAAGGCUAUUGGAAGUUACUGCACAUGGCCAAUCAUGUAGAACAGUUCGAUUCAUCAACGAGGGUCGUGCAAUCGUCACGGGGUCACCGGAUUGCUCGAUUCUGGCCACGGAUGUGGAAACAGGGUCUGCUAUUGCUCGUCUUGAAAACUCUCAUGGUGCUGCUGUUAAUCGAAUAAUCAGCUUAACAGAGUCCACCAUUGCCUCUGGAGAUGAUGACGGUUGUAUUAAGGUAUGGGAUACCAGACAACAAUCUUGCUGCAAUUCUUUUGAUGCUCAGGAAGAAUAUAUUUCAGAUAUGACUUUUGCAUCUGAUUCCAUGAAACUUUUGGGAACAAGUGGAGAUGGGACACUAUCUGUUUACAAUCUACGAAGUAACAAGGUUCAAACUCGAUCUGAGUUUUCCGAAGAUGAGCUGCUCUCUGUAGUGAUUAUGAAGAAUGGUCGAAAAGUUAUAUGUGGGACACAAACUGGAACUCUACUAUUGUAUUCCUGGGGUUAUUUCAAGGAUUGCAGUGAUCGCUUUGUAGAUCUUUCUCCUAAUUCUGUUGAUGCUUUGUUGAAGCUCGAUGAAGAUAGGCUUAUUGUUGGAACUGAGAAUGGACUCAUCAGCUUGGUAGGCAUAUUGCCCAACAGAAUAAUUCAACCCAUUGCAGAGCAUUCAGAGUAUCCUGUUGAGCGUCUUGCUUUUUCUCAUGACCGGAAGUUCCUUGGCAGCAUAUCACAUGAUCAGACAUUGAAGAUAUGGGAUUUGGAUGAUUUACUGCAAGGCCCGAGAAAUACUAUAAAGAGUUCUUCGGCUGUGGCAGACAGUGAUAGUGAUGAGAUGGACGUGGAUAGUCUUGAGAAAUCCUCUAGAGGGACCAAGAGAAAAAUUGCAAAUCAAGUGCAAAAUGAAAACAGUUCAAACAGUUUUUUCGCAGAUUUAUAGUUCGAUAGUGGUAUUACUCUUGCACUUUUGAUAACUUUGAUGGUGGCUGCUGUCCUGAUGAAAUGGAGAUUUGCAGAGAGAAUGCCCUUUUUUUAUGAGUUUUACGAUACAUUGUAUAAUGCUCACAUUAUAAUGUACGUUGGGGAAAUGGGCUGCUUUUAGGGCUAUCCCUGAUCAUGCAAACCCUAAAUUAUACCGGGAUAAACAGAUGUGGUGUUGAGGCAGUGGAGUGGGCUGUCCUCUUUUGUCUGGGAAAAAUAAUAAACGUUCUAGCUUUUAUUCAUUUGAUUUCUUAAAAAAAUUGGAGUGCACAUUUGAAUUAGUGAUGAAACAACUGUUGCUUUUGG